CACUCCAGCCUGGGUGACAGAGUGAGACUCUAUCUCAGGAAAAAAAAAAAAGAAAAAAAAAAUACCUUGUUGUAUAUCAACAUCCUUUUUGAACUUGGCUAAACGAAUUGUUGAAAUAAUUUGAAGAAACAAAAUAAGGAAGUAUUCUGUCAGGAGAAAGGAAUAAUUUUAAUUUUGGCCCUCGGAGUAAUUUUAUUUUUCUUUUUAUACUUGGUAAUACGUGUGUACAAAAAAGUAUUCUAACCUGUAAGUCAAGUCCUUGGUUACCAACUCUAAUUAUAUAUCAAAGAAUUUGCAAUUCUUGAUAAAAAUUAUGAAAUUUAAAAAAUCUGUUUGGCAGCAUUUACUGAAGAUCUUUGAUUUUUAAAAAUUUUCUUUUAGGAAGGUGGGUAAAUGGAGAUGAAGCAAAUGUAAUAGGGUGUUACUAGUCCAAGAAAACUGGAAUUUUCCAAAAAGAGGCUUAAUUGCAUGGAGGAAUAUGUUAUUUUCUAUAGCUACAUAGUAUAUAGUUUCUUUUAAGGAUGCCACACUUAAUUAUAUUGAAGCUUUGUAGCCUUGAGGAGACAAGGACCCAAUGAAUACCAGAAGGCACAUUCCGAUGACACUGCCAAUAUAGAUAUCCAUACUUGCUGGUUUUACUUUUGGCAUUCAGUUAAUAGUAUUGACAGGAUCCUAAAUAUUCAUGUAACCAGUUUAGAACUUUGAUUCUUUAAGAUCAGAUCCUUACAGAAUUAUUUAAUAUAUUCAACUAGUAAUUGACCAAGUAUUAAAUAACUGUUUUGGAAGUUAACACAUUUGCCUAACACAUGCCUCGUGACUAGUAUACUCCUCAGUAGAAUCUGACUUUAAUAACUUUAUUGACUAAUGUGUGUGUAUGUGUAGCGUGUGUGUUUGAAUGAUUUGUUCUUAUUUGGGAAAUAUCAAUUUUUAAAAUUGCUUUUAAAAGGUUUUCAUACAUUAGACCCUACAGAAUCAAGUUAAAUUUUUCUUGUCAUACAGGAGAACUAGAAAGUAUUCAAAUUAAUUCUUUGUAAAAUUAAGUGAAGCCUAGAAGUUACUAAUCUUGAUUUUCACAUUGUGUCUGCUGACAUCACUGAAUCCUUUAAGAACUUUUUUUCUGAGUUGCAUUUUUUAAAGAAGUAAGGAUGAAGCAAGGAAUAUGUAAUCAUUGAAUAUACACUUUCAUAUUUGUUUUCUCUUUUUUCCUUUUCAUUCGGAAAAUGAAUCCGCAUUUCUUUUAACAAAUCCUCUUUUAAUUCUCUUUCUAACAUGUUCUUGUCUCUCAUUUUUUUCUACCCCUUUUAUCCCAUUUGCUCUGCUCUGCUGUGCUUUGCUUUGCUAUAGGCUGUUUCAGUUCUCAGCCACCUUAGUGAACCCAUUCUCUUCUUGCUUCAGCCUCAGUUCUUUCGUCAGAUGUUGCCUUUACACCUUUCAGCGUACUUCAGCUCUCCUUCAUUGUUGAUUUCUUGGCCUUCCUUUUUUGGAUAGUUGUUCCACAUUCCUCUGUUUGUUGCUCUGGGGUACUUUUAGAGAAACAGUUAAUUUCUUUUACUCUGCUUUCUAUAGUGUGUAAUGAGAAGAAAUGAAACCAACCAUUGAAGGACAGAUAACCGUGGCUCUUAAAAAAGAGUAAGGUAGUGCAGUUGACAGGUUAUUUAAAGGGUUUCCAGCUCAGAAUAGUUAAGUUGAAGGGCUAAAUGCUUCCAAGAAUGUAGAGAAAAUGUCUAACUUAAAAAAAAUUAACUUUCCAAAGUUGCAGGCAAUACUAAUAUAGCAAAAAUAUCCGUGUAAAGUUCUGGAUAGAUUUUCAGUUAAGAUGAUUAUUGUUGUUUUUGUCUGUGUGGUCUUUGGUAUUUUAUGAUAGAACACCUUCAUCUUGGUCUCCAAAUAUCUUAUGAAAACGGCUUAUUUAAAAAUAAGUAACACAAAUUAGUAUAAUUUCUAAAGGAAUUAGAAGCUCUCCCUUAAUGUCUAUCCACUUUUCAAAAUCCAUUUCACACAAUUUGAUUUAACAGUAUUUCAUUGAUAAACUGUGCUGUGCUUUUCUUCUCAUUUACAUUCAAAUAAUGCUAUCUAAUUUUAGUAAAUUUAUGUGAAUAAUUUAUUAAGUGCCAAAUCUUUAAAGUUAUAGAAUGUGCAUAUGAUAGGCUGGUAUAGAUUUUAUAAUUAAUAUAAAAUUAUUACUGUCCAGAAGUGAUGAAAAAAAAUUGUCCGUUUUUAUAAUGAAAUGUGGAACUUCUUUAUUUUUAAAAUAAUAUUUUGGGGGGAAUGGUUUUUAUUUUUACUAACUUCAUGACUUCUGGGUUCCUAGGUUUAACUUAUUUUUCUAUUAUUGAAGUUUAUAAAAGUUGAAGGUACUUAGUACUGCUUUUUUCCCUAAAAGUUGCUCAGUUCAUUUAUACCCAUUAUGACCUUUUAGGGGACUCUAUGAAAAUAAAAACUUGGGGAUGGUAGGUGGUAUAAUUGAAAUGUAGGUCAUAAUCUGUUCAUUGUUUGUUUUACCAAAUUAGUUAGGGAUUCUGAGGAUACAUUUUGAAUAUUUGUGUAUGUUUAACAUUUUGUCCCUUUGUUAGAAAUCUCUCAGUGUGACUUGUUUUUAAUAGGAUGUGUCUUGAAUUGUGGGCCAAUCACUCUUGAAAAGUAUUAAGCCCUUUAAACACACUGGUUGGACCCAUAGAGGGAAGCCUACAGGUUUAUUAGCACUCCUUAGCCUGAAAGCACAGCAUACCCUUUUAGGUUGCACAGCAACAGACUCCUAGCAACCAUAAUAGAUUGAAUUUCUAAGAGUGACCAGGCCGGAUGUAAUAAUAAAGCAAGAGGUACAAACAGUUGUCAUGGUUUUCUUUUCACGGUAAGCUAGUUUGAUUUGGGGAAGCUUAGCCUUUCAAAAAUGGGCAACCUUCUUAUAAAACUACUAUUGUUUGUGCACAGGACUUGUGGUAUUAAAAUAGCAAUAAUAGUACCAAAUUUAAACAACUACUGCUUAAAAAUAGUAUACCCAAAAUAAAACAGCAACAACAAAAAGGAUAUCAUGUAAAGAAGUUUUCAGAGAAGUAUUUUUAAAGAGUUUAUCAAAAACUUAAAAAGUGUACUAUAGCAAAAUAAUCAUGCUUUUUAAAAAUAAAAAAUUUUUAUUUGUGUUUUCUCUUGUUGUGAUCCUCUAUUUAAUUUUGCAGCAGCUUCUUGUAGUUUUGUGUGAUUUAAGUGAUGUUUAUAUAAAACUGAUGAUUAUAAUAAACUUAAAAAAACAGGCUAUUUGAACUUUAUGUAAACAACAUUUUUUGAAAUUAAGAACUAAUAAGUAGUGGAGCACAGAAUUUAUUCAAGAAGAGUAAAGUUUUGUUAAAACAUAUAAUCCUUUACAGUGACAGUAAAAGUAUCUGUGAUAUUCCUAAGAGUGUAAUAUUGUGCUGUAACUUAACAUUUCUCCUUUGUGUCCUUUAGUGUGUGAUUGCUAAUGUAGACAUGAAAAGGAGAUUAAUUCAGAUACAUUCACAACCUGAAACAAGAUGUUCCCAUCAAAAGAAUCAAAUCCUCAUAUAGCUGCUGGAGUUGGAACUACAGUCUUUGACAGCAAUAAGCUAGACCAUCAUGCAGACAUCAGAGACUGGGUCAGACACAGGCUCGACAGUGACCUUACAAACUUCGGUGGCUAGUCAAGCAGCAGUGCCUACGCAGGUGGUACAGCAAGUACCAGUACAACAACAGGUACAGCAGGUACAGACUGUGCAGCAGGUACAACAUGUCUAUCCAGCUCAGGUGCAGUAUGUGGAAGGAAGCGAUACUGUCUAUACCAAUGGAGCAAUCCGAACAACAGCGUAUCCUUACACAGAGACGCAGAUGUACAGCCAAAACACUGGAGGGAAUUACUUUGAUACUCAAGGGAGUUCCGCCCAGGUGACUACCGUGGUCUCAUCCCACAGUAUGGUGGGCACUGGUGGGAUUCAGAUGGGCGUCACAGGAGGACAACUCAUCAGCAGCUCUGGAGGAACCUAUCUGAUCGGCAACUCAAUGGAGAAUUCUGGUCACUCAGUGACACACACAACUCGGGCCUCCCCAGCGACAAUUGAAAUGGCGAUUGAGACGCUGCAAAAGUCUGACGGUCUGUCCACUCACAGAAGCUCUCUUCUCAACAGCCAUCUCCAGUGGCUGUUGGACAAUUACGAGACAGCAGAAGGAGUGAGCCUUCCCAGAAGCACUCUAUACAACCACUACCUUCGACACUGUCAGGAACACAAACUGGACCCAGUCAAUGCUGCCUCUUUUGGAAAAUUAAUAAGAUCAAUUUUUAUGGGGCUACGAACCAGGAGAUUGGGCACUAGAGGAAACUCCAAAUACCACUACUAUGGGAUUCGUGUCAAGCCAGAUUCCCCUCUUAAUCGUCUGCAAGAAGACAUGCAGUAUAUGGCUAUGAGGCAACAACCCAUGCAGCAGAAACAAAGGUACAAGCCUAUGCAGAAAGUGGAUGGGGUUGCAGAUGGUUUCACAGGAAGUGGUCAACAGACAGGCACAUCUGUUGAGCAAACUGUAAUUGCCCAAAGCCAACAUCAUCAACAGUUUUUAGAUGCAUCUCGAGCACUUCCAGAGUUUGGAGAAGUUGAAAUCUCUUCUCUGCCAGAUGGUACUACCUUUGAGGAUAUCAAGUCACUGCAGAGUCUUUAUAGAGAGCACUGUGAGGCAAUAUUGGACGUUGUUGUGAAUCUUCAAUUUAGCCUGAUAGAAAAAUUGUGGCAAACAUUCUGGCGCUAUUCUCCCUCUACUCCAACUGAUGGCACUACUAUUACUGAAUCGAGCAAUCUGAGUGAAAUAGAAAGUCGACUUCCGAAAGCAAAGCUGAUAACUCUGUGCAAACAUGAGUCUAUCCUGAAAUGGAUGUGUAACUGUGACCAUGGGAUGUACCAGGCUUUGGUGGAGAUUCUCAUCCCCGACGUCCUUAGACCUAUUCCUAGUGCCUUGACCCAAGCCAUUCGAAAUUUUGCAAAAAGCCUUGAAGGUUGGCUUUCCAAUGCCAUGAACAACAUUCCACAGAGAAUGAUACAAACCAAGGUUGCCGCUGUAAGUGCCUUUGCCCAGACUCUGCGAAGAUACACGUCGCUCAAUCACCUGGCCCAGGCAGCUCGCGCAGUGCUUCAGAACACUUCCCAAAUCAACCAGAUGCUUAAUGACCUCAACCGUGUCGACUUUGCCAAUGUCCAGGAGCAGGCUUCCUGGGUGUGCCAGUGUGAUGACAACAUGGUUCAGAGACUAGAAACAGAUUUCAAGAUGACUCUUCAGCAGCAGAGCACCCUGGAGCAGUGGGCUGCGUGGCUUGACAAUGUGAUGAUGCAAGCACUGAAACCCUAUGAAGGAAGACCCAGUUUUCCUAAAGCCGCCAGGCAAUUUCUGCUAAAAUGGUCUUUCUACAGCUCAAUGGUUAUUCGGGACUUAACCUUACGCAGUGCUGCUAGCUUUGGCUCCUUCCACCUGAUCCGUCUACUCUACGACGAAUAUAUGUUUUACUUAGUAGAACAUCGUGUUGCUCAGGCAACAGGAGAGACUCCCAUAGCAGUCAUGGGCGAGACAAACCUUGUAGAUGAAAAAAAUACUCCUAUCAUGGAACUCUUUAUAAUCAAACUUCCGAAUUUUGGUGAUUUAAAUGCCGUGUCUCCUGGAAAUCUGGAUAAAGAUGAAGGCAGUGAAGUGGAAAGUGAAAUGGAUGAAGAACUGGAUGACUCUUCAGAGCCUCAAGCCAAAAGAGAGAAAACAGAGCUGAGCCAGGCAUUUCCAGUGGGCUGCAUGCAGCCUGUUCUCGAGACUGGCGUGCAACCAAGCCUCCUGAAUCCAAUUCACAGCGAGCACAUUGUCACAAGUACUCAGACUAUCAGACAGUGCAGCGCUACAGGAAAUACCUACACUGCAGUCUAAAGAAUAUUAAAGCGUAUUUCUCCAGCUUACAUUAACCCUGUUGAUAUUGGGCUUAAGUUGAAAAUUUAAUAAGCCUGAAGGUCGACUGUUGUCAAAUUCUAUCUGUGCUGAACAUUAACUUUUUGGAGUUGUGAAAUGGAAUGGGUGUAUGUAUUUUGCCAGAUUUUUUUUUUUUAACGUAAACAAAUUAUUUGCCUCUUAAUAAUGAAUUUUUUCCCUUAGUUUCAGGUGUCAAGAAGGAUUUUUACAACACUUAAUGUCAAUGUUUUGUUUUCUUAUAAUUAAAAAGUAAUUUACAUUUUUUUGUAGCUUAAAAUAUUUUCUUGUUGAUUGUUAGUCUUGGUGUAUGAUUUCAUGUGUAAGUUUUUAAAUUAGAUGCACUUCUGUGAAAUAUCAAAAGAAAUGAUUGUUUUGAUUGACACUGGAGGCAUGCCCAUUUGGCAGCAGAUGCAUCAAAUUUGCUUUUGAAAGGUGCUUUUCAUUGGACAGAACCAUAAGACACUAUUUUGAUAACAUUUUGAGUACGGAGAGAGAAUACAGAGCAUUUUUAUUAUAGUGCUAGAGGGUUUGGAAGGUCAUCUAUUUUUCUCUGAGGAAAAAUUGAGCUGUGCAUUUAUCAGUUCAGAGUAAAUGACAGAAUUGCAAGAGAUUAUGCUAAUAGGUACAUAGUUUGUGUACAUAAUUAUUAAACCAUGUUAACAAUGCAAGCUUCCGUUAAACAUUGAAUUUUAACUAUUAUUUGCAUACCAAUUCCUCUGUUUAAAGACUACUGAUUCUGUAUUUGGGACCACUGCACAGAUGCAUUCUGCUGUUAAGUGGGGGCUGUUAUAGUUAGAUACUGAAGCAGGAAAAAAUGACUUGACUUUUUUUUUUAAGUGUACAUGCUACUUAUGCUGAGCUGGACAUACAGGAAACCAUUCCAUUUGGAUGACUUUCUUUUAUUCCAGGUCUUUUUCCUAAUAGUAGUUCAAUAUGCUGCUAUUAUAAACGAGAAUUUAUAGAAUGCACGGAAUGUAGCAACCUACAUAAUGUUAUUUCCUUCAAAACUAUUUCCUGGUUUCUAAAGUAUGUGGAUUUAAAUUGUAAACAGAACCUGAAGGCAGUGUAACUGGCACACCUCACUGUUACUUAUCCCCAAUUCUGUAGGAUUUGGAUAGGUGGCUGGAUGGACCAUUGCCAUUGAAGAAUGUACAUCAGGGAUCAUCGUACCUCGGCUAUUACAUGGUGCCUUAAAACAGAACUGAAGCUAAGGUUUAGUAAGGUUUAUUUUGUUCAUGUGACUAACUCUUCAAUCCAUUUGACAAAGUGUGCCUGUCAUUUUCAGAUUCCCGAAGUAAGGACAGGUGACAUGUUCUUCAAAGGAAAUUUAGGGAAAACAAAGCAAAACAAAAAGACAAAAAUCAGUUUCCCUCUUUGAGUGACCGUGGAUCUAUUUUUUAUUCUUAGAGCUGAAUAUUACUUGAUUACAAAUCAGAUUGCUUAAGGGUGUGGAAUAGCAGGCUAGUUUUAAUACCAACUUGUUACAUAAAAUCAUAUAUGUUUUAGACCAUUCUUAUUUAGUUACAAUUUUAGAAAGUUAACAAAGUAAGCAGGUACUUAUCGAAGUGCAUCUUUUCAGUCUAAAUGUUUGUCUGUGUGUCUAGGUGCUGGUGUGUCCACAUGCACACAUGAGUGCCCAUGGGGCAGGAGUCUGCUACAAAGUCAGAAGGUGAGAUCCUAGAGAGUUAUACCCAGCCCCAUUUUAAUUUGCAUGAAAAGCCAAGGUUCUUUUAAGCACUCAAAUUAUUUAAUGAUUAAAACACAAAAAAGGCACAUCUGUUCAUUUAAAUAGUUGUAAAAAACUAAUCAGCAAAAAUAAAUAGAUAAUAAAGCCAAAAAAAAGGAAAGCACAAAAUGAUUGACAGAUUAUCAAAUGAGGCCUAUAUUAAAACCAAGAUGUUUAUCUUUCCAGUGGUAUUGGGGUAAGGGGGGUGGGGGGUUGGAAAGAAGAGGUGAGCCAGUCUGUAAAGUUAGAAAUACCAAAUGGCUUAUCAGGUAAUACACAGUGUAUUUAAGCUGCUGUUGCUUGAUUGCCUCAGACUACUCAAAUAACAUCAACGACAUUUCUUAAGUAAAAUUUAAAUAUUUUAGAUAUAAUUUUAAAAACUGAUCCAAAUUUUUUAUUUUACAACUCAUAUAUUUGAAAGUCUUCACUAGCAUGGUAGCAUCACCUUCAUCUAAAUAUCAUUUAAAUUACUGUCCCCCUUUUUCCUCCGAAAAAGACAAUGGAUUUGUACCAAAACACACACACAAAAGGCAAACAAAACAUGGUAAGCUGCAAAAGAUCAUGUAUCUACUUCAUUGUGCAUAGGAAGUGUUUACAGGUAAAAUUAAAAUCAAAAAUUAAAAAAAAACUCUUCAUUUUGGCUCUUCUUUCUGAAUUUUUUCAGUUUCCUGUCUCUACCCACCAUCCUUUGAAUGAUACCAUAUCUGUAUUGGACCAAAUGUAUUUAUUGGUUGCAUUUUGUUUAUUGGAUGACUUUAAAUGUAUUUAUUAUCAUUGUUUCCUUUAAUUUAAUGUUGGAUAUAUUUGUAUCAUUACAGGAAUCUGAUAAUAAUGGGCAAAUUUAGAUUGAUGAGGCUUAGGGAUCGGGGAUGCUCCAGGAUUCAACAUUUCUUCCAAUUGUUCAUGGUUUGUUCUAAAUUAGGACAGAUUAAGAACUAAUAAACAUGAAUACAUUUGAACUAGACUCAAUAAAAAUAUUCUGAUCUCCUUUAUGAAUAUUUAGGAAUAUUCUUUGUGACUAAUGUAAGUAGUUUGGAUCAAAACAUAAAAAGAAGACCUAUGGUUUAUGCUACUUCUGGUUAUUUGUAGUUCGCAGUAAAACAUGCACACACAUACACACAAACAUUUUCAUCAAUUUCAAAUUUGAGUUGUGAAAUAUUUGAGAAAAUAAAAACAUAAUUUAUACAUUUGAGCAAAUUGAGCAAUCACAUUUAUUGCAUCUAUUUCCAUUUUUCCCUUUUUUCAUUCAUUGAAACUGGGUUUUCUAAAUAAUAUUAGACACUAACACUCUUAACAGAUUUAUUCACAAAUGACACAAGUACACAUUUUAAGACUUCUUUGUAUUUCUUGCAAUUAUAACCAAUCACUAGUCAUGAAAUAUACCUACAUAAACCAAGUGCUACACUUUCAGUGAGGAAGCAUGUAAGGAAGGUAUGUUGACUGUUUUUAAGUUUCAGAAAAGAUAUUUUCAUAUGAUAGGAUUGAGUAUCAUGGAUAUAGUUUGAUCUUGACAUAUACUUUGAAAAUCAUACUCAGAAGAGUUGCAUUCAUGAAACCAAUGAACAAUAGGGUGGAAUGGAUGAACCAGCUCCUUGGAAGACAGGGCCCAAUUUUCAAUUUUUUCUUUGGCUAUCAAGUUGCUAGUCACUUAUUCAGGAUUUUCAUCCAAACUGUGUUUGGACUGACUGUAUAAGUCUUACUGCCUUUUCAGAAAUCUGCUUUCGUUUGUGUGAUUUUUCUCGUACUGUAUAGCACGGUUUAUGCACCUCUCUUUAGAUGGUGUACUUUAAAACAAAGUAAAAUUUAGAAAAUGGUUUUAACACUGCAUACCUAAAAUUAGUAGUGUGCAGCAUUGACUGCCUUUGAUUUGUAGUAAACAAGUAAAAAUGAAUACGUUCUUGUAGAUGCUGUAAAAGUCAUUCAGGAAUGAAUACGGUUUUAGUGCCGUAAUCAUGAAUCUUUUUAUAUGAAUGCACUGUCUAAAAGUGCUAAAUGCAUUUUCAAAUUUUUAAAAAUUCCUCAGAUGAUAUAUUUGAAAUGUCUAAAAUAAUGCUGUGCUUGAAACAUUAGUGUAAAAGAAAAAAAAAAAUGUGUGUCACUGUGAUGUUGGUCCUCCCUGUGUGGACACAAGUAGAAAGUAAAAACUUGGCAAGUCACUUUUGUGUACAGUUUGAGGCAGUGGUUAUAUACAAUAAAUUGACCUUUAUUAGAUCCCCCUGACACACACAUUCUUGGUGAGAAAAUAACAACCAUCCACAAAUUGAGAUCAGAACUUUUGUGAUCUGUAUGAAUCACACCAGAUCAUGGGGGAGGAGGAUUGGCAUGCAGUGCUAUUGAAAAUUGGGCUUGUUGCUAGAUCAGAACAACCUCCAUGUAUAUGGUUAGAACAAAUCAAUUAAUGGAAUCCUAAUAUUUCUGCAAGUUUGGUGAUUUUUAAAAACUGGAAUAGAAGCAUUAAUUCAGUGCUUAGUUCUAGUAUUAGAAAACCCCUUUGAUGUAAUGCCUUGUAUUAACCCUUUGAGCAUUGUAAGAUAUACAAUGGGGGACAAAAGCCUUUCAGAUCAUUUAUUUAGACUUAGACCGGUAAAGUAUACUCUAUAUCCAAAUGUCUAAUUAUGCUGUUUUUUUAAAGGGGGGGUAGGAAGAGAAAGUGUUUCCACGCCGAACACUUGCAUUUUAUAUACAACUCUUAAUUUUUCUUCAAGAGGGCUUGAUAUAUUUAUUCCCAAAUAUUCACUGCCAUCUAAGUAAGUGUACUGUUUACAGAAAAAAAAAAAAUCAACUUUUCUAGCAUCACACCAUAGUUUCUAGAAAAGGAGGACAAAUACAUGGGCCUGGAUAGACCUAUGUCAUAACUGAUUUCUGCACAUUGAAGGUACCUAGAUUGCCUUUAAAAGGUAUAAGGAAAGGGUUAAGUUUCUUUUUUUUUUUCUUUUUUUCCCAAAAUGAAACAAAAGAUCUCAUUUAUUUAGCUUUAGAAAGUACAAGUGUAAGUGAAGCCUUAGGAAGAAACGAGUUCGAGUGGAUUAAGAGAAUCUGAACUCUUUGGGGGCAGUUAGGCUAUUUGGAGUUAGAUCGCUCAUAAAAUAUUGUUUGGGAAUUUCACACAGGGCAUAAUUUUAUCUAUGCUCCAAAACUUUAAUACUUUGUCAAAAAAUUAUAUAUAGAUAGAAUGGAGAGCAAAGCACUUGAUUUUAAGCUCAUCUGUCAGGAGAUGCUAUGACUACUGCUUCUGAUAUCUCUAAAUGUCAGUCUGCUUACACCAUUGCUGAUUUUGUUCAAGGGAAUCGCUUCAUGCACUUGAUUCCCUCUGUUCCCUGCGUGAUCGAACAUGAAAGCAGUGUUGUCUGCAGAUGUGCUUGCGCUGCCCUAGCCGGGCGCAAAUAAGAGUGUAACCUAUUCUGAUGUCUGGUGAAAGGACAUCCAUAGCAUAGUGCAAGUAUGCCGUAAACGUUGCUUUUUAGGCAGUUUAGGAAGUCAAACCAUGCAAAUUACUCAUGUGUUAACAUGCAAUACUCAAAGGGUUUUAAUUUAACUCUCUUCUUUUGAAUUCUUCAUGAUGAUUUACUGUAAAUGCUUCUCAGUUUGCAUGCCUUGAUCAUUGCUGCUAGUGAUUUUAUGUGCCAGUAGACCUGAGUUUAGUUUACCAAUUUUACUUAAAUAGUAAAAGCCACUUACAAAGUGACUGCCUAGGAUUUUUUUUUUCCUUUCAUUUGAAAUAAUUGAUAAUACUUUUUUUAAAAAGAAAAAUAUGUUUUGUCUCUUCUUUUAUUUUGUUCUAUUUUAUUUUUCUCCCCUCUUUCCUUUGUUUCUUUAAAUGAAUUAUGAUGUUGGGAUUGGAAGCCCUGAGUAAUGAAAAUCUUUGGUAAGAAUUGUUUAUGUAGCUCAAUAAUGAGGACAACAAAUCUUUUUUAGAAGAAUUUUGAUUCUGGGGAGGAAAGAAAAUAUAAAAACUCCCAUUGACUGUUGAUAACCAAGUAAAUUUUUCCUUCAAUAAAUUAGUGUUUUUGAAGAAAUGAUCGCCUUGUUUUAACCUGCUAAACAACAAUUUUAAAUGACUCAAUAAAGAAGCUAUUCAAUUUUAUUCGUUUAAAAAGCAUCUUUUGUACCAAAGCAAAUUUUUUUCUCUACUCAUUUCCAUCAUCAAUUUGGACCUAUGGUGGUGACCAAUGCAUUGGUUACAGAAACUUUAAGUGAGUGCCUUGAAAAAACUUGGAAAUUUGUGCCUGAGGUGGUAAACUUUUAAUUAGGUUAAUUGUAGUGCUUACCAAUCAGUAACUUCACUAUCACUCAGGGCUUUCGUACCUUCUAGGUAAAACUUCUUUCAUUGUGUUUUUUUAAGAUAACUGUAUUUUUUUUAAGUGCCAUCAUUUAAAUUUCACUUAGUAAGUGGCCGAUUACAUUAUUCAGUCCCACAAGCACAGAAACAUAGUAACACUAGGAGAUAUUUGAACAUUUAUUUUACAAUCGACUGAAUAUAUUAUGUAAAUGAGGUAAGCAACUUUUGUAGAGAUUGUAUGUGUGAGAUAAUGUAAUGUUCUUUUCCAGUUUUUGGACUACAGUUGAAUAAACUUUUUAAUUAUUUAAAAACAUCUUUACCGAAUAACAUGUGAUGGUUUUUUGUAUAAUGUAUUUGAUUUUGUAAAUACGUAUUUCCUGAUGUGAUUUUUGUGAGAAAUGCUAAAUCUUUUAGUAUAUCAUGUCCUCUCAAAAUUGGCAGGAGCUAAAUAAUAGUUUGUGGGCGAUUUGUAUUGUGUACUGUACAAUAACUGGGGAACUUUUAUAAUUAUAAAAAUAUAUAUUAACUUUUAGUGUGUUGUUUAAACAAAUGACUGGAACAUACUAAAGAUAUUAGUAGGAUUUUUCUGAAUAUUUCAGACUUGAACUCAGGCUAGCUUUCUUGUGUUUUUCAAAACAAAAUGGUGUCUUGUCUUUUAAAAUCAAUAAAUUUGUUUCCUUGUUACAAAUA